UAACAUCAAGCGGAACGGAACGCAGUGCUAAUAAUUUUUCUUCAUUCACCUUCGCUUUACUUGUUUCAUUGACGUUUUUCUUGUUUGUAAAUAAUAAUUGCUGGAAAUAGUACGCAAUGUGAAAUUGUACGCAUUCCUCGUUCCAUUGCACAUUACGUAAACGUUAAACAUCGUUUAGUAGUCGAAUUGAUAUCGCAAGAAAUAUCCUAACCUAAUGUGUGUCUUGUUCUACUGAGGUGUUGAAGCUAUGUGAUAGAAGAUAAUGCCUCAAUUUAGAAGAAAAAAGGCGUCAAAGUCGUUCCCAGUUAAAGUGUGUACGCUAGACGCUGAAUUGGAAUUUAACCUUGAGUGGAGAGCAACAGGAAGAGAUUUGUUCGACUUAGUAUGCAGGACCAUAGGCCUGAGGGAAACAUGGUUCUUUGGGCUGCAGUUCGAAGACACAAAACAUUUUAUAAGUUGGCUGAAGUUGGAUAAAAGAGUACAAGACCAAUGUGUCUCCCAGAUGCCAGGCACUCCAUUCAUGUUACUCUGCAAGCUGUACCCUGAGGAUGUAGCCGAGGAGUUGAUACAGGAGGUAACACAGCACCUCCUCUUCCUGCAAGUUAAGCAAGCGAUACUCAGCAUGGACAUCUACUGCCCCCCGGAGGCGUCCGUACUGCUUGCAAGCUAUGCUGUCCAGGCCAAGUAUGGUGACUAUGAUGAGAGUGCAUACAAGCCCGGUAUGCUUGCCAGCGAGGACCUGCUGCCGCAGCGGGUCAUCGACCAGUACCAGAUGACGCCCGAGAUGUGGGAGGACCGUAUUAAGAUAUGGUAUGCAGACCACAAAGGAAUGUCGCGAGAUGAAGCUGAGAUGGAGUAUCUCAAGAUAGCACAAGAUCUGGACAUGUACGGAGUCAACUACUUCGCUAUUAAAAACAAGAAAGAGACAGAGUUAUACCUGGGGGUGACAGCGUUGGGUCUGAAUAUUUACGAGAAGGACAACAAGCUGACUCCGAAGACUACAUUCCCGUGGUCCGAGAUCAAGCACAUCUCGUUCGACGACAAGAAGUUCGUCAUCAAGUUCGUUGAGAAGACCACCAAUAACUUCAUAUUCUUCUCGCCUAAAGGAAUGAAUAAAUUGAUACUGGACUUGUGUAUCGGUAACCACGACUUGUACAUGAGGAGACGGAAGCCUGACACCAUGGAGGUGCAGCAAAUGAAGGCACAAGCCAAGGAAGAGAAACAGCGUCGUCAGAUAGAGCGCAACAAGCUAGCGCGGGAGAAACAAUUGCGCGAGGCGGCGGAGCGCGAGAGACAGGCCAUGGAACAGCGGCUCCGGCAGUACCAGGAGGAAAUACGACUCGCCAACGAUGCACUUCGUCGUUCAGAAGAGACGGCUGAGCUUCUAGCAGAGAAGGGAAGAGUCGCAGAAGAAGAAGCUUCCCUUCUAGCGCAGAAGGCAGCCGACGCUGAACGAGAGAACGCCAGGCUCCGGCUAUCUGCUAUCAAGACUGAGGAGGAGAAGGUACACUUAGAAAGGAAGACGCGCGAAGCAGAAUAUCUAACAGCGCGUUUAGUAGAAGAAUCAGAGAAGCGGGCAGCAGAAGCAGAAAGAUUAAAAGCUGAACUGGUAGCAGCCAGGAUGGCUGAAAAGCAAGCGAAGGAAAAGCUCCUAAACUUCCUAAGCAGGACUUCCACCGGGUCCCUGCCACCCGUCAGCAAGCCUUCGAGGAAGUUUGAGGAGUUGGAGACUAAGAUGACUGAGAAGCAGUCCAGCGAGAAGUUGAUCAGCUAUUUGAAUGAUACUUAUAAUGGAUCCUGGGAUCUUGGUCCUCCGUCAUCGACAGUCCCGUCCAGUUUGUUCCCGUCGACGUGUUCGUUACCAGCGGAGCUCGGGGGCGAAGUCCUGCAGAACGGCACCGCCACCGUCACGGAGCCCGAGCUCAACUCGUACCAACUUGUACCUGAUGACUCCGACCCUCAUAUACAUCGGCUGUCUCUCGAGAUUGAGAAGGAGAGAGUGGAAUACCUAGCAAAAUCGAAGCAUCUACAGCAACAGUUAGACGAGCUACGUUGCGAGUUCUCGGUACUGCGAGUAGACCAGUCUACUGCUACCCUGGACAGGCUGCAUGAGGAGCAGACCAGGGCUGGCGACAACAAGUACUCCACGCUGCGGAGGCUGAAGCAAGGGUCGACCAAGACCAGGGUCGCCUUCUAUGAAGAGCUGUGAGAUGUGGUACUCAUUACCGUGUUUUGAGAGAUGCACAAGUAGGUAAACUAUUGACGAUACAUUAAUAGUUGGUUACAUUAUUAGGACCCACAGAGACAUACAGACAUGUCUCUGAUGAAUGACAGUAAUCACCAGACAGUUGACCAACCAUGGUGAUUUUGGUGAUUAACGAAAACUACAAUUAGGUAGUCAUAAUGAAUUGAUUUGAAAGGACAAUAAGUUAGAAGACUAAUGGACAGAGGCAGAAUAGAAGAUAAAUAUAUUAUUAUAGUAAAUAUACAACAAUUUAGGUAUUUAGUUUCUCAAUUUUGACGUGUGACUGUUGCUAAAAGCAAUUAUGAACCAUAUUUCUAGCAGUAUAGAGGUUAUUUUACAAUAAACCAAUUUGAUUUCAAUAUUUUUAGUAUUUUUGAGUAUUUGGAUAGUUCAAAAUAAUUCUUUGUGUAAUAUGUGUUACUAAUAUCUGAAAUAUUUUGAAGGAAAAUGUACAAUUAGUAUACAUAAAUGAAUUAAUCGAAAUUUCUACUGAAUUCAAAAAGAGGCUCAUAUUCAUAUUACAUUUUUUAUUACACGAAAUGUGCUUGAUAUACUAUUACAUAACAUGUAUAUUGUAUAUGCAUAAUAAUUUAUAAAUAUGUAAGCAAAACGAAAAUAAUUAAAUCAACGAAAUCAUAUUUACAUGGUGGUUAUACAAAUUUGCUAAUAGUUUUAUACAAUUCAAAAACUCUAAUUCUUUAAUUGUAUUAUUACGUUGCAACCAGUCAAGAGUACUUUGGCUGAAGUGGAUGCAAAAUUCUUAACUACCUAAAUUAGGAAGCCCUGCCAAAGCCCGCCUAGCGGGGCUGUUAUUUGGUAAAGAGAUCCUCACUCGAUAAAGCCAACGAUUCGAAUAAAAAGUAAAUGUCCUACUUUUUAUUUUUGGCAAGAGGAAGAAAUAUAAUUUUAUUAUAACUUUCGUGAGACAUUAAUUAUUAUGUUAUCGGCUUACUCACGUAACUAAGUAAGAGUAGCAGCGCGACAAUCGCUGCGUCGUGUGUCGCGGAAUGCUACUCAUGAAUAUAAGCCUCUAGCAUGGCUUGAAACUAGUCGAGUUCUUCGUCAAACAAAUACGUGAGUAAGCCGAUAACAUAAUAAUUAAGGAAGAAAUAUGUGACAAAAACUAUAUUAUCAUAAAAGUAAUAAAAUUAUUAGAAAAUAUAUUAUAUAAAAUCAAAUUAUUGAAAUAUAGUGACAUUUUUACAAUAUGAUAUUUUGAACCUCCAAAUUUUGACUUAUGUCAGAGAGAUGUGUUCCUAGGAAUUGUGUAUAUUAUGUGUAGUAUAAAACAAGUGCCUUAUAUUGAAAUUAUAAUAUUCAUAUUACAUAGUAUAUAACAUAAAUGAAUUACGCUCGCAAAAUCAUACUGGUAAGUUUUUUACCUAUUAUGGUAAGAAAAAUGUGACGGAAACAUAUUCACAUAUAAUAUUAAUUAUUCUUUGCUUUUUUAUUAUUGUGGCUAGAUGAUCUCUUAAUCAAAAAAUUGCUACAAAAUAUAAUCAAUAGGCUAGUUUCCUAUUAGUCAAAUUGAAUACUUUUUUCGAAACGUCAACAACGAUAUUUUCUAUGAAUUUUGUAUGAAUCAUCAGAUUUUUACGUCAAAUAGCAGACUUAUUUCUAGAAAAAUCUAAAAUUAAGUAGAUCAUCAAAUCUAUGAAUGAGAGUGUGAUUAUUUUUUUAAUAUUUUAUUGUAUUAAAAAGUCAAAAUAAUUUAUUUUUGACUGAGGAAACUAGCCAAAAGUAGAUAGACUUCUAAUAGGAACAUUUUUAUAAAAUUUACAUCAUUGUACAACAUACAACUUUGCUAUUUUUUAUAUGAAAAUUACAUUUAAAUUUGGAAUUACAUCAUGGUCUUCGCGAACCAUUUUGAAACCAAAAAGUAUUGAUCUGUUGUAAAAAGGAACAGUCAAAAAUAGUUUUUAUUAUAUAUUUUUAUAGUCUAUGCUUACUAUGUAUACAGAGUAAAUAAGUGUUUAAUUUAAGAUCUGUGUAGAUAUUUUUCCAUAUGUUUAUUUGUAGAAUUUUCUUUCAAUCUAUUCGUAAAUGUUAUGCACAAAAUUAACUCUAGUUAACGAUUAACUAAAACUGUGUCUAAUUAAAUUGUUUUAUGUAAAGUUUGGUCUGUAAUCAGUUUAAAAUUACUAAUCGUUCAUUCCUAUUGAUAAAGUACAUAAUUUAAAAAGUUUUCGAAAUAGACUUACGAAUACAAAGUGGUCUAGAUUUAUAUCUAGAUAGCAAAACAUGUCACUCCCUAUCUAACCUACUAAAUAAUCAGUAACAGAAAAACUAAAAAACUAA